CGCUUCUCUAUAGUCGCUGGCAAACUUUCUAACGCCAAACAUUCAAAAGAAAACAUUUUCAAGCGUUCUUCUUCAUCUUCCGAUUAAAAUGAAUAUUUUAUUAGUUUUUCUUGGUAUUUGCUUUUUACACACGACACUGAGUCGUGAUUACUCUGGUCCAUGGUUGGUGGCAACCGAUAAGUUUGGCUUCCACUAUGUCGUACAAAACCAGGAGUAUUUUCAUGAAGUUGCCAAGAAUAAAUGUUUGGAGCUGAACGGAAUGAAUCAAAAUAACAAUCAAUUUCUAAUAAUGGUGCUGAGAACAACAUACGAUAGAACCCAAAAAGCCAGGUAUAAGGUGGAGGAAAUUAGUGAUUACAUUGAUUAUGGAUUGGCGAAAACAUUUGUGUGCUCGACUCGACUUAAUAGUGCCAUACUUUGGAAUAAAAACGGCACAACAACACAUACAUAUGAUAUUCCAAAGUGCUGCUAUCCACAAGAGGACAAAGGGAAAUGCUCCGAAAUAAAUAUGGCUGGAUGUAUUUUGGUAUACAUGUACAGCGGUGAACCUGAAACCCAUCAAUUGCUAUAACAUUAUUCAUUAUCCAACCAAAGUCAAAUUUUGGCCAAGAUCCUAGCAACAUCUAAAAUCAGGACAUAUCCUUAUAAAUGGGCUAUAUCGAAAGUUGGACCUAUAAUAAUAUUUUUUCGUAAAUAACAUUACUAUUUAAGAACCAGUAAAGAAAGUCUUAAAGUCGGGCGGGGCCGACUUUAUGAUACCCUACACCACUUUGCUAA